AUACUUCAUUUUAUCAAAUCAAAACCUGUAAUUCAAAAAAUGUCAAGCAAGAGUUUCUUCAAUUUCAAAUAUGGUGUUUCAAGAAAAUCAUCUCCAAAAACCCCACCACCACCGCCGUCAAAACAACCACUCCAGCCAUCAAAACCCAGUUCGCCGGCGGUUUUCCAGCCGAACGCCGGCGAGAUGAGACGAGUGUUCAAUAAAUUUGACAAGAACAAUGACGGCAAGAUUUCCAAGGAGGAGUACAGUUCAGCCGUCGGCGCACUUGGUGGCAAGAACGCUAAAUCGGAGGUGACCAAGGCGUUUCAAGCCAUAGACACCGACGGCGACGGGUUUGUUGACUUUGAUGAGUUUAUGGAGGCGCAGAAGUCCGAAGGUGGAGUCAAAACGGGGGAUAUCAAGAGUGCGUUUAAGGUGUUUGAUCUGGAUGGAAACGGAAAAAUAACGGCGGAGGAGCUGUUACAGGUGCUAAGGCAGCUAGGAGAGAGGUGUAGCUUAGAGGGUUGCCGGAAAAUGGUGAAAGGGGUGGAUGCGGACGGCGAUGGGAUGAUUGACGUUGAUGAAUUCAUGGGUCUAAUGACUCGGACCAUGAAAUUAGCAUAAAAUGUUAUCUCUAAAAUGUUUUACCAUAAAAAUUAUUGGUUCAAAUCACUUUUUACAUGAGUAGUAAUAUUUGAGCUACUUAUUAUUAGUGUGCAAGUUUUUACCACCAUUUGGUAGGAUUGCGGCAAUUCUAUCCUAUGCUGCUAAUAAAUGUAAUGAGGCAAAGUAUUCUAAAACAUUUCAUGUGAUUUUAAUUA